AUGUGCGCCGCCCGACACUUUCUCCGGCCGCUAUAUAAGCGCGCGGCGCGGGGCUCUCGGCAGUCGGUGAGCAACCGCGCCACACCAGCAGCAGCUGCACCGCACCAGCCAGAGCAGAAACGCGUUCUCCUGCUCACAGACAUGGCCGCGCCGCGCAUGACGCUGCUGGCCUUGUGCUGCCUCCUGGCGUCGUCCGCUGAAGUCUUCGGGUACGGCAGCAGACGCCUCGUACGCAGAGAUGCGCCACUGACGAGCUACGGAGCACCUUCCCGGCCGUCUUCCAUGUACGGAGCGCCUUCUGCAGGUGGUGGCGGCGGCGGCGGCUUCGGCGGAGGUGGCGGUGGUUUUGGAGGCGGAGGAUUUGGGGGCGGUGGCUUCGGAGGCGGUGGAUUUGGUGGAGGAGGCGGGAAACCGUCGAGCAGCUAUGGAGCACCCGCCGGGCCUUCCCGGCCAUCCAGCAUGUACGGUGCACCAUCAUUUGGAGGAGGAGGAGGAGGCUUUGGCGGAGGCGGAGGUGGAGGCGGAAAGUCUCGCCCGUCGAGCAGCUACGGUGCUCCGUCUUCUGGCGGCGGUUCCUUCGGCGGCGGAUCCUUUGGAGGUGGAUCUUUCGGAGGUGGUUCUUUUGGCGGUGGAUCGAUAGCUUCAGCUCCCUCAUCUAGCUAUGGUGCACCCUCGUCGGGUGGUGGCUCCUUCGGGGGCGCAUCCUUUGGUGGUGGCGGUGGAUCAUUCGGCGGUGGUAGCAGCGGCGGAUUUGCUUCUGCGCCAUCGUCUAGCUAUGGAGCACCAUCAUCGGGAGGUGGAUCAUUUGGCGGCGGUGGAGGAGGAGGCAGCCUAUCAUCCAGCUAUGGAGCACCCUCAGCUGGUGGCGGAUCUUUUGGAGGUGGAUCUUUCGGAGGUGGAUCUUUCGGAGGCGGUGGAGGAGGAGGCAGCCUAUCAUCCAGCUAUGGAGCACCCUCAGCUGGUGGCGGAUCAUUCGGCGGCGGUGGAUCAUUUGGCGGCGGUGGUGGAUCGUUUGGCGGAGGUGGUGGAUCAUUUGGCGGUGGAGGCGCUGGUGGGUACAGUGGUGGUGGAGGAGGGUACAGCGGAGGUAAUGGAGGUGGCGGCGGGUACAGCAGCGGUGGUGGCGGAGGACACGGAGGUGGAGGCGGAGGAUACAGCAACGGAGGAGGUGGAGGAUACAGCAGUGGUGGCGGCGGAGGAUACAGCAGUGGUGGCGGUGGAGGAUACAGCAAUGGUGGUGGCGGAGGAUACAGUGGAGGUGGCGGCGGAGGUUACAGCGGAGGCGGCGGUGGAGGCGGACACGGUGGAGGAAGUGGAGGUGGAGGCCAGGCGUAUGCCAGCAAUGGAGGAUAUGUCUACUAG